AUGUUAGUCGUGCUAAUUCUAGCUCUCGUGGCUUCGUCCACCUGCGAAGAAAGAACAGUUUUCGGGAAGUUGAAGUCGGGGUUUCAGCUCGCAGGGAAGCUACUAGGGAUCGACGAAGCCAACGGAGUCGCUCAACUGGUGAGCGAGGCUUUUGGAAAGUCGCACAAGAAAGGGGACGGAGCGGAAGGCACCGGGAACAUUUUUUCGGGAUUUUUGCGAAUCCUGGGGUUCGAUUCCAAGAAGAUCGGCGCUAUCGCUAUAAACGCGAUAAUUUUUGUGGCACAACUGAUAAGUUCGUCUUUGUCGCGACCGAGGGUGUCCCAAAUCACUGAAGGUCGUACCUUAAGAGACGGUACUCCUUUGGACUGGAUGAUGAGCAGUCCGGAGGUCAUGAGGAUGUUCCAACACAUCAAAGACAGAGAUUUGCCGGACCAUAUUAUCAUGUAUAUUAAAGAGAGGGCUUUGGAUGAAGACAGCGAUUGCGUACAGUUGUUGAUUUGUAAAGGCGCCCCUUUUGUUUGGGGGAUGCAGAGGGUUUUAGAUGGUAACAGUACCACCGUCAAAGGAGCUAAAUCAUUGUAUGCGUUUCUACCAACUUUGGAGGACGUGAUCGACCACGCGGAUACCUGUGACCGAAAACACCCCUACUGUUUCGUCCACCUUUAA